UCGCAUCAAAACCGUUCAAACAGCCUUCAAAGUUCAAACGUAUGGUCGUUUGAAAUCUCCUUUGUGAAUUUGUCAACAAUCAUCAAUAGUUUAUUGUUAACAUAAAUUUAUUUGACUUGUAAUAUUAUAUUUUUAAGCUAGUUUAAAAUGACGUCGAUCAAAGAAGAUGAAAAGAAAGAAAUACCUGAAAUUAUACAUGAUCCCCAAACCAACUGCACGUAUCAGAGGUUACGAUUUUUUGGGAAGGGUGGUUUCGCAAAAUGUUACGAGAUCCAGGACAUAGCCACCAAUCAGGUAUGGGCAGGGAAGAUAGUCUCCAAGAAGCUCAUGGUGAAGUCCAGCCAGAAGGAGAAGAUGGCUCAGGAGAUCUCCAUCCACCGCUCGCUGCAGCACAAGCAUGUGGUGGGGUUCCACAGCUUCUUUGAAGACUCAAUGAACAUCUACAUUAUACUGGAACUGUGUAAGAGAAGGUCAAUGAUGGAGUUGCACAAAAGAAGAAAAGCAAUCACGGAGCCCGAAGCCAGGUUCUACAUGCACCAGAUCUUGCUGGGAGUACAGUACUUACACAGCAAGCGCAUCAUACACAGAGACCUGAAGCUUGGGAACUUGUUCCUUGAUGAUGACCUCCAUGUCAAGAUUGGAGACUUUGGACUUGCCGCCAGGAUUGAAUAUGAAGGCGAAAGAAAACAGACACUGUGCGGCACACCUAACUACAUAGCGCCUGAAAUAUUGACGAAGAAGGGUCACUCCUUCGAAGUAGACAUCUGGAGCCUGGGCUGCAUCAUGUACACACUGCUCGUUGGCAAGCCGCCGUUUGAGACCUCCACGCUCAAGGACACCUACAAGAGGAUCAAGCAGUGUGAAUAUAGGAUCCCGUCAUCGCUGCGCAAGCCGGCCGCUUCCAUGAUAGUGCUGCAGCUACAGUCGAACCCCGCGCGGCGGCCGUCCGUGGACAAGCUGCUACAGAAUGAGUUCUUUACGUCGGGAAUGCUGCCCGCCGCGCUUCCGCUCUCCUGCCUCACCACCGCGCCGCGUACUGACCAACUCGAAGGGGUUUCGUUGCACCGUCGGCCGCUUAACGAAGUUAACAGUAACGGUACUGACGAUCACGUUGCGAUGGCUGUGGAUUCGCCAGUGAAGCGCAACCUCAUGCCGGCAGAGCCGCGCGCUGUAGAGCCGACCUCGCACCGACAGAAUCUCAUCGCUCUGCGCGAUCAACUGGCCGCGCUGCUUGUCAACAAGUUGAAAUGUCGUCCGGAAUGUCUGACGGACGAGCUGAGCGACCCCGCGGCCCAGCCGCUGGUAUGGGUGGGCAAGUGGGUGGACUACAGCGACAAGUACGGCUUUGGUUACCAGCUGUGUGACGAGAGCGUCGGCGUCAUGUUCAACGACACCACCAAGCUCAUCAUGCUUGCUAACGGCCUGAACGUGCAUUACAUCAACCGGCAGGGCCAGGAGCAGUACAUGACAAUGCGCGAGUACCCGCAAGAGCUCGACAAGAAAAUGAAACUCCUCACGUACUUCCGCAGAUAUAUGACUGAGCACCUCAUGAAAGCUGGUGCUUCGGUGCAAGUGAGGGAGAGCGACGGAAUUUCUCGAUUGCCGCAUCUUCAUCAAUGGUUCAGAACCACGCUAGCUGUUAUCAUGUACUUGACUAACGGAACAUUACAGAUCAAUUUCCAAGACCACACAAAGAUAAUCCUGUGCCCGCUCAUGCAAGCCGUCACCUACAUAGACGUGGAGAAGAACUUUAGAACAUUCCGCUUCAGCACUAUUGAGGAGCAUGGCUGUGAUAAAAAGCUAUACACCAACCUAACAUACGCACUAGAAAAACUAAACAGUGUACUAGCCAACAAGCUGUGCUAGUUGCCACUAGACUGCACAACUGGUACAUAAUUAAUUAAUUAAAUGAAUUUUAAUAUCGCCUUUACUUACGAGACGGUCUCCACCGAGACAAUGUGUAUGUGUAGGGCGAGUACACUGGAGGUGAUUCUGCGCCCAUUGUUUCAUUUGUUAGUUUAUUAGCAACAUACAUGGUUUUGUUAAUGUUUAUUUCGUCUCAAAAAUCAAUUUCAGUAAGCUUUUUUUUCUAUUGAGUUACUUUUUUUCUCCACCGAUUUUAUGUCUUAUUAUUUAUUUAGUAGUACAUAAUACUAAGCAUUUUUAACCUAAUAUUCUAAUUACUUGUACUACACUGCCCAAACUACUUAAAUACAUAGAUUGACGGCCAGGUAAAUACUUUUAACUAAGUAUUUAACUGUUAUAACAACAAAUAUAUUUAUCUCUUAUCUGUUCUGUUACCCAUAAUCACGAGAACAUGACAAACGUAUGCUGCAUCGUCGCGUUCGUGAAUACGUUAUACCUAUAAGUUAAAUUUUAGUGGAACUCAUGCCGUACAUAGAUUAGAGAGCACCAUGACUGAUGGCUGCGGUGCGAGCGGGUCGCGUUUGGAGUUUUUUAUUUAGUUUUAUAGCUAUGUUUUUAGAACUUGUUUCUGUGUUUCAGUUACAUUUCAUAGAAACAUAUUAGUUGAUUUACAUACAAUACGCGUGCACUGCACACCAUCGAAACGACUACACUCUCAUUGAUAUAACAUCAAUGGCUUUACAACAGAUGUGGAAUGUCAGUAUUAUUUGCAAUUUCGAUGGUGUUGUCAGUGAAGUUUCUCAGAGGUCACGUUUGUUACCUCACUCAUUGUAAUAUAAUAAUAACAUAAAUAUUUGAUAAUAAAGUUAUUAGGAAAAUAAAA